ACUUUUCAAGGGUGUAAGCAGCAAAAAGCCAUUUUUUAUAACAUCUUAAGCGGCAUCUCCUGGGAACAAAAUAAUAAACAACAUAUCGAUUUGUUAUAUUAUCGUCGAAUAUGCAUGGAGGACACUUCUGGGACGUGUGAAAUAACGCUGUAAAACAUAUUGAAGGAGUCAUGUAGAAUAUGAACGAAGAUGAUGCAGAUUAUUUACGCCGUAGGUUUAGUGUCGAGUCCGACAGGACAUUGGACAGUCUAGCUGAGCUUCACAACUUAGAUACAUCACACAGCACUCUAUAUAGUCCAGCCCACAGAAGGAUGUUUGGCAACGGUUACAGGGGCCAGAAACCUGGGGAGAUGGAGCCACCCCAUCACCAUGGAAACGAAAUGGUAGAGGUAACUGGACCAUCAAACUCACGACAAGGAGACAGAGCCGAUGAAGAGGGUGAGACAACCCCGGUUAGAAGGCUUCGGAUGAGAUCUGACCUCACAGGAGGUCACGAGGAAAGGUCAAGGCCAGGACCAGUGGAACGCGAGUUGACAGACAGCUACAUUGAGUCUUUAUCUCGAACACCUCGUUACAAUUCCCAAAUGGACUAUAACGAAAGGGUAGAACACCUGGCUGAGAACGAUCCAUUCCGCGGAGUAUACACUCCCUCAGGAAAGCAAAAGAAAGUACAACACAAAAAGAAGAAACACAGGCAUAAGAAAGAUAUGGACGAAACGGAAGAUUCACAACCAAAAAGAACGGAAGAAAUGUUUACAAGAAAGAAGAAAAAAUCUAAAAAAGGAUCCAGUUCUAGAGAUAGCACUGGUACAUUUACAAUAGACGGCCACUCCAAUCCAUCCUUUGAGAGAUCUGUUGACAAUUCUGUGGACAGACAUGAGGCAGAAUCGGUUCAAAGCAAUGGUACAUACACCCUUAACAGAGAGGACUCUUUAGCAAGCCUGAAAGCAUUCCACCCAACUGUCACAAGACAUGAUACCUCCAAUAGUUUUACUAUCAAACGUGCAUCGUCCAAAAGGAAGACUAAAAUCGGCAUUGACAGAGCUGGAUUUACAAAGUUCGUGAAAGACAACAUAAAACAACGGGAACCGAAACCCUUGGUUGAUCCUCAAACGACUGUAAAGCCUCCAGGAAAGAACAUCCCAAACAUGGAAAAAGGCAAGCAUGUGUGGCACUAUCACACACACACCGUCACGGAACCCUGCGACUCCUACGGGGAGAUUCAAUUCCACGGGUACGGACAUGACACCGAAUCCUCUCCAUCAGAAAAUCAUAACAAAAUGAAGCCAUGUGACUCCUACGGUGAGAUCCAUUUCCAUGGCUUUGGAAAGGAUUAUCUUGCUGCUCCAUACAUCCGACUGGCCAAUGACACAAAGCCAGAGUUGGUGCUGGACAUUAUACUGAACUACUGGAAACUGCCUACACCAAAACUCCUCAUCUCUGUCACUGGUGGUGCCAAGAGAUUCGACAUGAAACCAAAACUCUUAGAAAAGUUCAAACGUGGCCUUAUCCAGGCAGCAACAAGCACAGGUGCCUGGAUCAUUACCGGAGGUACACAUACAGGUGUGAUGGAGAUAGUCGGAGAGGGCAUCCGAGAGUACAUCCUCACCUAUGGCAAACAAAAGGACAUUGUCUGUCUCGGAGUUCCACUGUGGGGCAUUAUCGCCAAUAGGGAUGCUCUGGACGAGGACGAGAAUGGAAAUUUCCCUGCCAUAUACUCGAAACAAGGUCUGGAAGCUGAGAAAGGCAAGAGGACUGUGCCACUGGACCACAACCAUACUCACUUCGUCAUUGUAGAUGACGGUUCACGCGAGAAAUUUGGGGGCGAGAUUGAAUUCAGGGCCAAUCUGGAAAAGACCAUCUCUCACAUGUUGUGUAGUUCUGAGAGCAUGACCUCUAAUCUGCAGGUGAACACUCCAGUCAUCUCACUGAUCAUAGAGGGAGGUAUCGGAUCCAUGAAGACGGUCUCCGAGUCCAUCAAAAACGGAAUUCCGGUGCUAGUUCUGGAGGGAUCUGGGAGGGCAGCAGAUUUCAUCGCCGCCGGUUACCACAUAACCAAGGAUAUCAUGAAUGAAGACAGGAGUCAUUUCCCUCAGCACUACCACCAGACCAUGGAGGAAAUGGCCACCAACAAUUUUGAAUGGAAACCUGGCGAGACUAACAAGCCGGCCAAAAUAGCACAAUGUCUGAAACAGCUAGAGGAGUCCCUCAGAUCUCGUAGAAUGAUAACUGUCUUCAACUUGGGCGAUGCUGAGAACAAAGACCUCGAUAAAGCCAUUUUGAAUGCCCUGUUGAAAGCCAACAAGUCCAACCAGUCAGCCCAGUUGUCCCUGGCCCUGGCCUGGAAUAGAAGUGAUGUCGCCAAAAACACGAUCUUCUCGUCCGCAAAGAAAACAAUAUUUGGUACUUCCCUCCAUGAUGCCAUGACGACAGCUUUGAUUCAGGACAAGAAAGCUUUUGUUGAGCUCUUUCUGGAGAAUGGUGUAGAAUUAAAGGAUUUUCUUACCGUCAAAAACCUGUGGAAUCUGUACGCAAAUUGUCUCAACGACAAAACUGACCGGUCAGCUCAACUCUUCAACAACCUCAUCAUGUACCUCAAGCAAACCUGGGGAGCAUACCUCUGCUGUCGACCGGUUCAAAAUCUGGGGAAUCACCCGGAGCUGGUGGAGUUGGUGGGGAAGACCAUAGUUUAUAUAAUGGGAGACGAGGCUAUUAAUCCCUAUUACGACAAGGGCGAUAAAUUUGUAGUUGAUGAUGUGGAGCCUUGUAUGGGAUAUAUACCAGAUAAUAGAUCUGUGGAUACUUCAAUGGCUGGGAAGAAUUGGAGAAAAAUCAAACACGAUUUUGAUCUACCAGAGAGAGAAUUGUUUCUGUGGGCAUUGUUACUGAACAGGAUGGAUCUGGCUAAACUCUUCUGGAAAUUAGGGAGGGAUCAUUUAGGUUCAGCUUUGCUGGCAGCAGGUCUCCUCAAAGGUCUGGCUGAUGUAGCUGACGGUGAAGAGGAGAUUGAACUCAGCGUAUCUUUAGAGGAGAGCGCAGAGAUGUUUGAGAAAUUAGCCGUGGAUGUGUUAUCGCAUUGCUACAAGCAGAACAAGGCUCUUGCCCAUCAGUUACUCGUUCGACAGCUUGGAGAUUACGGUAACAGCACACUGCUGCUCAUGGCUGACGCCAAUGAACUGAUGGACUUCAUGGACCAUACCUGUUGUCAGACCAAACUUAACAGCGUGUGGAAGGGACGCAUGGCUCUUUAUACCUCUACCUACAAGAUACUUGCUGCAAUGGUGAUACCCGUUUUGAUUCCGGCCAUUAAAUUUACUUGCAACAAAAAUCCGACUGAGUAUCUGGAGGACGAUGAUGAGGUCGACUAUGAUGACCUUGGUGAGGUCAUGGCUAUUGAGGGGAACACCAUUGGUAACAGCAAGGUUGCCCCGGAAACAGCAGGAAAAUCAAAAAUCAAGAAAAAACUCUAUCAAGUCAGUUUAAUAGGGAAAGGAAAGGACGGGAUUAAUGUCUUUUCGGCAGGGUACCACUUCUAUACUGCACCAGUCACAAAGUUCUAUUGGUACACGGCUGCAUAUUUGGUUUUCCUGGCAAUAUUUUCUUACUUCGUAUUGACAAACUUAUACCCAACAUCUCAUCCAGACUCACCAUCUACCAUAGAAAUCGUAACGUGGGGCUGGACUAUCACCAUGGUGAUUGAGGAGGUCCGACAGGUUUUGACGCGUGACCAGAGAUCGCUGGUUCACAAACUUCGGAGUUGGUACUCCAGCAUAUGGAAUCGGUUUGAUCUGAUCAUGUACCUCCUAUUUCUUCUGUCGGUGAUACUGAGGUUCGUCCUCGAUGACAACAAUUUCACAUGGGCCAGGAUGACAUAUAGUAUCACCCUAGCUAUGUACUUCCUCAGGUUCAUGCAGGCAUUCUUUGUCGAGAAAAACAUCGGACCCAAAGUCAUCAUGAUCAGAAAAAUGUUGACAGACUUAAUGUUUUUCUUCGCCAUUCUGGCGGUGUUUGUGCUGAGUUUUGGUAUUGCGUACCAGGCAAACCUCUUCCCAAACGAUCCUCCGUCCUGGCGACUACUGAAACAGGUGGUUUACCUCCCUUACUGGCAAAUGUACGGCGAGCUAUUCCUGGAGAACGUGGAGGGUGAGGUGCCUGCCGAUUGCACUACCAACGAGACAAUAUGGCGGGCAGGAACGAUGCAACGAUGUGCGGAGAACAAUGCACUGGUGGCGCUACUCCUGGCCAUAUACAUGUUGCUGACCAAUAUCUUACUGGUCAACCUCCUGAUUGCCAUGUUCAGUGACACUUUUCAGAAGGUCCAAGACAACUCCCUUAAAGUAUGGCGGUUCUACAAAUUCUCCCUCGUCUACGAGUACUACGAGCGGCCGUCCAUUUUCCCACCUUUUAUCAUAAUCAAUCAUGCUUUCCGUGGAGGACGAUGGCUCAUGCACAAAUUCUGUCGAAAACUGAAUUACCACGAUGACUUUAAACUUCACCUGACGGACAGAGAUAAUACACGCCUGACAUUGUUUGAACGAGAGGCUGUAGAAGAUUACCUCCACACGUCACGAGAAUUGAAGAGGGAACAGCUCGACUCCAAGGUCACGACCACGUCAGAAAGACUUGAAAAAGUGAUCGAUGAAUUAGACAGCAUCAAGGAUACCGUGUCACAGACCGCCAAGCACAAGAGUUCUCUCACGGAGGCCACGACGGAUGUAACACCGCGGGAUGUCUCGAGUAGUCUCCUCACCGCUCGGUCCGUCAAAAAUGUGGAUCAGCGAAUGCAGGAUCAGAUGGACCAGUUGUCUUCUUAUGUACGUGAGGAACUCUCCUCUAUCCACAAAAGUGUGUAUGAUUUACAGGCGAUGAUCAUGGAGAACAAAAGACAGUCGGUCACUUCGCCUGCACUGGACAUCACACAUGUCACCGACUCUCAGGACGUGUAGACCGGUCAGUACGGGACAUCACACAUGUCGUCUCAGGACGUGUAGACCGGUCAGUACAGGACAUCACACAUGUCUCAACACUCAAGAAGUGUUCAGAAGUGGACAGCGGUCAGUGCUUUAUAUUGCAUGAUUUAGUAACUACAGCUGACAAAGUUAUGAUAUAUCUUUGUGUCUGACCAGGAACAGAUAUUCAGGGUUGUAAGAAUAUCUAAAAUUUGUU